AUGUUGAGUCCCGUAUGUGCUUUUUGGGACACUGACUCUCCUUUUUAUACCUAUGUCUUCAUUUUCAUCAUUAUUCUAAUCAUCUGGCAACUGAAACAGAGUUACCAUGGAUUGAAGUAUGAACAUAAAAGGAGCUGCUGCCGGCGUCAUCAAAAAGUCAGGCAAAGGGCUAGAGAUGCAGCAUCGAGAGCUAGGAGACUUUCCCAGGAAGAAGCUGAGAAGCCAUGGGAGCUGCUCUCCAUCAUGAAAAGCCAAAGCUGGCUCCCAAAGGACAGACAUGUGCGGCAGCUCCUGUGUGCAGACCCCUGCUGCAGAACAUGCAAUACUGCACUGCUGGAGAUUCAGCAACUGCUGGAGGGUGAGAGCAAACAGAUCUCCCCCACAUCCCCAGAGCUCCCCCAGGACUCUUCUUGCCUAGAGAUGUCCAUGUCAAGUCUGUCUUUUGAGCAGCAUGUGGAACAUUGUCCCAGGUACUCCACAGACAUUUCAUGGGCACCUGUAGCCCCAACUCUGACACAACUAUCAGAAUACAUAACCCAGUCAACCAGUGCAGUCAGCAUUCAAGAGUACUGGGGAGAUCACCUCCAAGUAAGACAGGAAUUUCAACUGGCAGCCAUGCCGACGGUCCCAGAGACUGUGGUUUCUUCAAGACCUGAGGAACCUAGGGUUUUAGUGAAUGAGGAUGUGAUGGUGCAAAACAAUCCAAACUUUGUCCAGGGCAACCAAAACCAGCAAGUCUGUUUUCAGUCCCCAAACCCAGAGGUCACUAAUUUGACACAUCCUAUAGCCUUGUCCUUGGUCCCCACGGGCCACCUGUCAUUUCUCAGUCCUCAAGUGUUAACCCUUCUUGAAGUACAUUUGAAAAAAUUGGCACAUUUUCAAAGGUGGGGGCUUCCCAGACGUGUAGAGGAUUCUGUACGGCAACUCAUGCCAAACUCGCUGGUGUGUUACCAGCCUGAAAGUAACCAGCCAGUUUCUUUUAUUCCAAACAAUACUACUCAAAUCUGUGUUCAUAGAUUGGGGAAUAUUUCCCACCAGAUCUGGUGCUCUUAUAUGACCAGCCAACCUACCCAGGCCUUUUGGGUUUCUGAAUGGUCCAUUAUUGACCCAAAUCAAAGAAAACACUAUCAACAAAUUCCAAACUCUAUGGCAAUAGCCUUUCUCUCUCCCAGUCUUAAAGCACUCAGUGGCCUCUGCACACUACCUGGAGGACAGACUGAAGCUUCAGGGAGCAGCUUGCAGAAGAAAUACAGCCAGCUAUUCUGCGGCCUCCCUUCUCUGCACAGCGAGUCCCUUGUAGCCACUUUCUUGGGCUCUCAUAGGUUUUCCAAGAACAAGAAUAUGUCCAAGCUCUCCUUGAAGGAUCCUCAUCUACUGAAGGAGCUCUCACUUCUCCCCUUACUGCCAAAACCUCCACCUAAAUCAGCUGCAGCCUCUUCCCCAGCUGCUCUAAAGGACAAGUCUCCACAUGAGCAUCAAGGAGCUCAGAUCAGUGUCCCGUUUCUGACUAUGGCUGAGUGUGAAGCCCUGGAAUGGCAUGUCCACCAGAAGCAGCUGCAGCUUCAGUGUGGCCUCCCGGCUGUCUUUCCAGAAUCUCAGCAUGCUCAGAGCCGCACGCAGGAUGAGGCAGGCGACAAAGCCCAGCCUCCAGGGGCUGUGAAAGCUUCCUGGCCAGGGAAGACCAUCUCGGUCUUCACCAGAAAACGUCUCUUCUUCCCCGAGCCUGCCCGCAGGCAGCUGGAAUUCCACCUCCAGAGGCAGUUAAUCCACCUCCGCUGGGGUCUGCCCCAGAGGAUCCAGCAGUCCAUCCAGCUGUUCCAGUCCUCCACUGACCAGCAGCCCCUGACCAGGAGUGGCAAAGUCCUGCCCAAUGCAGGCACCCCACAGCCUGGGAAGCAGGAGGCUGAUGAAGCCAAUGGCCGGUUCUCACCCACAGUGAAUCAAAUGUUGACCCCCAUGCCACACUUGCUUGCUCGGGCCAAGGCAGUGUUGCAGAACCAUGUUGACACCAAAUGUGAACAGAUCCAGCAGGGCAAUGUCCCUGCCUAUAUCCGAAGCUCUUGGGAAGGCAGAAUUCCUGGGAGCCUGGAAGUGGCACCCUCACCCUAUGUUCCACAAGUCCAGCCCCUGGAUGCUGCGCCAACAGCCCCUGGCCGUGAGCAAGAGGCCUCACCAGGCGCGGUGGCCGAACACUGCAAGCGGCCGCAAGCCCUGCCCGAGGAAACCGUCGAGAAGCUGGAGACGGCUCUGCGGCACAAGUACCUCACCUUCCUGUCAGGCCUGCCUGCUCUGUACGGCGCGGCUCUCUCGGGGGCCUCGUCCCCGGAAGCGGCCGCGGGCCAGCCCGAGAUGGCGGACGCGGCGCCCGGCCCUGCGCGAGUCCCAGCGGCGCCCCUCACGCGGCCGAGCUCUCCCGAGGACCCGCGGGAGCCGCCCGACCCCGAGGAGGAGCCGCAGCCCGGGGCGCAGGCCGGAGAGAGCGGGCAGGCGCCUGCGGAGAGCCGGACGCGUCCCGCCUGCGCCCCGGCACUCACCACGCCCGUCCUGACCACGCUGAACUUCCACGUGAAAAGAAAGGUCCCAGCAAUACAACCAGGAGCCUCUGAGCGGGAGAGGGAGGUCGAGGACCCAACAACAGCGGAGGCCACAUCCGCGUCCCCUGGAAGUCCCAACGACCAAGGAGAAAUGGUGCUUCAGAAGCCACCCGUCCCACCGGACUUUCUUCCUGCCCUGGACGCAAAAUGGGUCCACUUCAAAGAACAGCUGAACAAUGAGUUGAAGGCAGUGUACAGUAACCAGAAGCAGCUUACUUCCGAAACAAUGCCGGAUGGUUCUGCCCGCUGGGCCUCCAAACAGCUCAGCAGAGACAUGGCUGAGGCCCAGGUGCUUUGUGUUCAGGUAGAAGCCGGUAGGAACAGCCCCAACCUACAGGAACCCUGGGCUGCAGAGCCGCAAGGUCCUGGCAAGCACAAGGACUCAGCCCAUGGCCCCAGGCUAGCAGAAAGGAGCAGGGCCCCAGAGAAACCCAAAGGAGCAGGAGACCUCGGGGAAGGGGACGCAGGGCUCAGGCUCCUCCCGACCACAGGGGAAAGACCUCGUGCUGGAGCUCAGAGGUCAGACAAAACACUUCUGAGCAGGACGCCCCACAGUUCCUGGCAACAGAAGCACGGCUUCUACUUUGUGGAUCCCUGUCCAGAUGGGCCCCGGGAGACCCCUCAGCUUCAGCUGCCACAGCCACCUCCGGGAGGCCCUGGGGGCCAAGGAUCUGCACAUGACAUGAAUGACAGCCAAACCGAGCUUAACGUCAUCCUGGAACCUGCCAGGAUUCCCGAGAAUGCCCUGCCCGCAGUGCCCCAGGCUUCCAAGGGCCAUCCUUUCUUUGGCCAUCCAACUCAAGGGAAGCUUUUGCAGAGCCAAACUGGGCAAGGUCGAGUCUUGCAGAGACCAGUGAUGCCAGCCACUCCUCACAAAAGGCCCAGCCUUCCCGAGUCUGCCUGGCGAAAGAGGAUGAAAUCCUUCCUGCACUCUAUUAACCUCAGGACGAAAGGCAAAGGCCCUGUGGAAUCCACCACCUCCACAGCUGCGAAAGUGGCCAGAACCAGAAAAGAAAAUGUUGACAAGAGCCCGAGCCCCGCCCCAGCCAAAAGCCUCGCGGAGAACACUAAGCCAGAGAAACCAAGAGGGCCCAAGGGCCAAACUGCCCCCACUGAGAAGCCAGUGGGCCCAGCCUUCCUAACUGGCACCCACUCCUCAAACAAUGAGAUCCGGCUAAGAUCUCGACAAGGCGGCUCGGCCUCAGUCCCAGGGUACCCCCGCCAUUGUCCUCGACACUGUCCUCGAAUGGCUUGUGUUACUCACCUAGGAAGCCUACCUUAG